AUGGCUGAAGAUCUGACUUCCAUGUGGGGGAAUUUCACGCUAACUGAAGAGGAGGAGGCGUUUGAUGAGGUCCCGGAGGAGGAGCUCAUUGACAUUGGGAAUAAGGGACGAGCCUGUCUGGUGGGGAGGAUAAUGUCAGAACGAAACAUUGGAAAGAAGACUCUCAAAGCAAAAAUGAUAAGGAGUUGGAUGCCAACAGGAUCGAUGGUUUUCAAUGCUUUGGGGAACAACAUUUUCCUAAUCGAGUUUGAAAACGCAUGGGACAAAUCGAGAGUGCUGGAAGGCAGGCCUUGGACUUUCGAUGGUAGCCUAUUUUCUGUACUAGAGUUCAAUGGCACCUCUCCUCCUGCCGAGCUACCGUUCAACAUCGCAUAUUUUUGGGUAAGGAUUUUUAAUCUCCCAUUGGCUUGUAUGGGGAGAGCAACUGGUGAAAGACUGGGUUCUCAUCUUGGAGAGGUUGAGGAGGUGGAUACAAAUGAGGAAGGAGUUGGUUGGGGCAAAUACCAUCGGGUGCGAGUAAAACUGAACGUGUAUAAACCACUUCUUCAUGGCAGAAUGCUAAAAGUAAAAGACAAAACUCAUUGGGUGGCUUUUCAAUAUGAAAAGAUUCCUUGGUUUUGUUUUUCCUAUGGUGUUAUAUGUAAUGCAGUGUCGGGAUGUUCAAAACGGAACCAUUCGAAGGUUGCUGGAGAGAAGUCGAAGAAGGAAUAUGGUCCUUGGCUAAGAGUAUCUUUCCAGAAUCGUUCAUGGGACAAUGAAAAACGAUAG